GAAAAUAAAAGAAAAAAGGGCAAAGAAAGAAAGAAAGAAGAUGAUGAAACUCAAGUAGAAGGAUAAAAGGCGUGAAAUUGCUUCCAUUUGCAGAUGACUGACUGACUCAUCACUUUAAAGGAAAGAAGCAACAUUUAUGCUCAUCCACUCACAUUACUCUCGCUCGCACCAGUUUAUCUUUUCCCUCGAUCUCCGUGCACCCCACCCCCCUUUUCACCUUCACAAAUUGCCCUAUAAUCGUCCCAAUUUCUCUGUCUUUGUUUUCACCUUCUGGAUCUGCUCCUCACUGCGUUCAAGCUUUAUCCUCAUCUGGGUGAAGAUACCAACUGUCAAAUUAGGGUUUCAUACUUUCAUAUCUGUGAAAAUUCCCUAGGUUUAGGUCAAGUCAGUUUACAAAUUUCAAAGCCUGCAGAUUUCUGAACAGAUACAGGAGAAAAACCCUAAAAAAUUCCCACACAGGUUCAAUGCAUUAAAAACAUUACUUUGUUGGUUGCCCAAUGAGUAUUUCUUGUUGGGGGAAUGGCAUUUUGUUGAAGUUGGAGUUACAGCUUUUAUGAAUAAAAGGGGGAAGAAACACGCAUCUUCGAGCGAAUCCCAGAUAAGUUCGGCUGAUCUGAGAUUCGUUAUAAAAUCAUGCAGUUGGAUAGCGGUCUAGUGCGUGAUAAUUCUAGGCUUAUAUACAUCAAUAACCCUCAACGUACAAAUGAAGAAUAUGAAUUCACCGGGAAUAAGAUCACCACUAGCAAGUAUACGAUCCUGAAUUUCUUACCGAAGAAUCUCUUCAUUCAGUUUCAUCGGGUGGCGUACAUAUAUUUUUUAGUUAUCGCUGCUCUCAAUCAGCUCCCACCGCUUGCGGUCUUCGGACGAACCGUGUCUCUUUUCCCGUUACUUUUUGUUCUCACCGUAACUGCCAUAAAAGACGGUUACGAGGAUUGGCGAAGACACAGGUCGGACCGAAACGAGAAUAAUAAAGAGUCGCUCGUGCUUCAAAUCGGUAAGUUUAAACCGAAAAGAUGGAAAGAUAUUCAGGUGGGCGACGUGGUUAAAAUUUGUGCUGACGAGGCGAUCCCGUGUGACAUGGUGCUCCUCGGGACUAGUGAUCCGAGUGGCGUUGCGUAUAUUCAGACGAUGAACUUAGACGGUGAAUCGAAUUUGAAAACACGGUACGCGAGGCAAGAAACGUCUUUUAUGUCGUUUGAUGGAGAUUUAAUAUCCGGGGUUAUUAGAUGUGAACAGCCGAAUAGAAAUAUAUAUGAAUUCACCGCCAACAUGGAGUUAAAUUUGCAUAAAGUGUCACUUAGCCAGUCGAAUAUAAUUUUACGCGGAUGUCAGGUGAAGAACACCGAAUGGGUCGUAGGUGUUGUCGUUUACGCAGGUCAAGAAACAAAAGCAAUGCUAAAUAGCGCGAUUUCGCCAUCCAAACGAAGCAAGUUAGAACAAGCGAUGAACAAAGAAACUAUUUGGUUAUCGGUUUUUCUCUUCGUGUUAUGUCUCGUUGUAGCAAUCGGGAUGUGUUUAUGGUUGAUUCGUCAUCAGCAGCAAAUUGAUACGCUUCCGUAUUACCGAAAAAGUUAUCUAGUAAAAGGAAAGUUCCCGGGAAAGCCGUAUAAAUAUUACGGGAUACCUAUGGAGACGUUUUUUGCGUUUUUGAGUUCGAUUAUUGUGUUUCAGAUAAUGAUACCGAUAUCGUUGUAUAUUACUAUGGAGUUGGUGAGGUUAGGGCAAUCGUAUUUCAUGAUUGAAGAUAAACAUAUGUACGAUAGCAGCACCAACUCCAGGUUUCAGUGCAGAUCGUUAAACAUCAAUGAAGAUUUGGGUCAAAUACGGUAUGUAUUUUCUGAUAAGACUGGUACGCUUACCGAGAAUAAAAUGGAGUUUCGGAAUGCUUCUAUCUUUGGGAAGAAUUAUUGUAAUUCUUCUACGGUGGAUGACGAAACACAGGAUUCGGAGAUCACAGAAGCAACCAAAUCAGCUCCAUUGUCCACAAAACGAAAGAAUACAAAGUCCGAUAUCACUGUUGAUCCCGGACUAAUGGGAUUGCUUCAUAAAGGAAUCGACGACGAUGAAAAGAUUUCUGCCCAUGAGUUUUUUCUUACGUUGGCAGCAUGUAACACCGUGAUUCCUAUUCAUAAUCAACCUACUUCCGUCGGAACUGAAAUUCAUCAAGAUCUUGAUUAUCAGGGAGAAUCUCCUGAUGAACAAGCUCUUGUAGCCGCUGCUUGUGCUUAUGGUUAUAUUCUUUUCGAGAGAACAUCUGGUCAUAUCGCACUUGAUGUCAAUGGCGAGAAACUAAGGUUGGAUGUUUUGGGUCUGCAUGAGUUCGAUAGUGUGCGAAAAAGAAUGUCUGUCGUUAUCAGAUUCCCCGACACUAGUGUGAAAGUGUUGGUAAAAGGAGCGGAUACAUCAAUUCUCGCCAUUUUGAGAAAAGAUCAAGAAAAUGACGAUAUUACCCUCACAACCCAACGCCAUUUGACCGAAUACUCCUCACUAGGUCUACGCACACUUGUACUUGCUGCUAAAGAUCUUACAAACGAAGAACUCGAAAAAUGGCAGUUAAUGUAUGAAGACGCAACAACUUCGUUGUCUGAUAGAUCGUUGAAGUUAAGGGAAACCGCAUUAUUUGUUGAAUCUGAUUUACGGUUGCUUGGAGCAACUGGGAUCGAAGAUAAACUUCAAGAGGGUGUGCCGGAAACCAUCGAGUGUCUCCGACAGGCGGGAAUUAAGGUCUGGGUAUUGACCGGAGAUAAGCAGGAAACUGCGAUUUCGAUUGCGCUUUCUUGCAAGUUAUUGACAUCCGAUAUGCAUCAGAUUGUUAUAAAUGGAAAUUCAGAGAGUGCGUGCAAAAUGCUUCUAUCUGAGGCGAAAGCGCAGAGAUCAACAAUUGACGGGCCGUUAGCGCUUAUAAUUGACGGGAAUAGCUUGGUUUACAUCUUGGAAAGAGAUCUGGAAUCAGAGCUAUUUGAUCUUGCAACUUCAUGUAGAGUUGUCUUAUGCUGUCGUGUUGCUCCCUUACAAAAGGCGGGAAUCGUUGAUUUGAUAAAGAGUCGCACUGACGAUAUGACACUAGCGAUAGGCGAUGGUGCCAAUGAUGUGUCCAUGAUCCAAAUGGCGGAUGUCGGUGUUGGCAUAUGCGGACAAGAAGGGCGCCAAGCUGUCAUGGCUUCAGAUUUCGCAAUGGGACAGUUCAGAUUUUUAAAAAGACUACUUUUGGUGCAUGGUCAUUGGAAUUACCAACGCAUGGGUUAUUUAGUUCUCUACAACUUUUACCGCAAUGCUGUCUUUGUCUUUAUGCUUUUCUGGUACAUAUUAUGUGCAGCUUUCUCAACAACAUCCGCACUUACAGAUUGGAGUAGCGUAUUUUACUCAGUAAUUUACACUUCCGUCCCUACAAUUAUAGUCGGAAUUCUGGAUAAAGACCUAAGUCAUAAAACCCUUCUCCAGUACCCUAAGUUAUAUGAAGCCGGACACAGGCAUGAAAGUUACAACAGUUACCUUUUUUGGGUUAUGAUGGCCGACACAAUAUGGCAAAGUCUCGUUCUAUUUUGCGUACCCAGAUUUGUUUUCAAGGAAAGCACCAUCGAUAUUUGGAGUAUGGGUAGUUUGUGGACUGUUGCGGUUGUGAUAUUAGUGAAUAUACACUUGGCAAUGGAUAUUCAAAGAUGGGUAGUUUAUACGCAUCUCUCGGUUUGGGGAUCCGUAGCAAUGACGUUUGUUUGUGUAAUGGUUUUGGACUCAAUACCCAUUUUCCCUAAUUACGGGACAAUAUAUGAAUUUGGAAAGGAACCUACAUAUUGGCUCUCGAUUUGGCUUAUAAUAGUGGCGGCAUUGCUUCCUCGGUUUAUAAUCAAAUCUAUACACAGAAUGUUCUGGGCUUCGGAUAUCCAGAUAGCUAGGGAAGCCGAGAUAUUAAGAAAAAAACGCUUGUUUUACGGGCCGUGGAGAUGGCGUUAGCGUUUUAACGUUACCAAAGAUCCCAAGUGCAUCCAUUUGUGGGACCCACAUGAUUUUCAUAUCUAGAGGAUGGUAGUAAGUUUGGUUCUUGAUUCCAUAUAAUGUGUAUAUCUAGGUGGUGUUUGGUUUGGUUUAAGAGCAUGGGAAUGGGUAUGAUUCUGUACAUGGGGGGGUGUUUGGUUGAUAGGUGUGGUUUGAAAAUUAGUAAUGAAACCCACAAAUUUGGGGUUGUUUCAGGAAUGAAUAUAUGGAACUGAUUUAUCAAACCUGCUGAAAGAGAACAUGGAAAGGGAUGGGCGUCCGGGUGUGGUUAUCGGAAAUGGGCAAAUGUGGGCCAUCGGUUGUCGGGCAGCGGUAAUAGAUUAAAGGAACUUUCCUUGUUGAGCGAGUCAUAGGUGACGAGAGGCUGUGAUAUUUUCAGGGUCUGAAUACUCCCUCAAACUUGAAGAACGCAAUCGACCCUGGUUUUGCACAGUCAUGUGUGGCUAGAGAUAUGUAUCGGUGUUGCUUUAAAUGUGUUGUCCAUAUGGGUAUAUGUUUUAUUAGCAACUUUUUUCAACUAAUAUACAUCUUUAAAUGUGUUGUCCAUAUCAUGUCAACUGGAACUGAACUGCCAUGAACAUAGUCGAUAAAAUUUGAAAAAAUGUACAAAGAAAAAUGUUUGAUUUUA